AUGGAAGAGGAGAAUAUUGAAGAACCGUUGUUGAGAAAACAGUAUUAUGAGAAUUGCCCUGGUUGUAAGGUGGAUCAAGCCAAAGAGUUGAACAAGGAUGUUACCUUUCGAAAUCUUUUUUAUAUAUGGAUGGCAGUGUUGUGUGGCACAUUGCCUGUGUCAUCGCUCUUUCCCUUUGUUUAUUUCAUGGUGAAGGAUUUUAAUAUAGCUGAAACAGAGGAAGAUAUUAGUGGCUACGCUGGUUAUGUGGGAUCAUCAUUCAUGCUUGGCAGAUGUUUGACAUCGGUAUUGUGGGGAAUGAUAUCCGAUCGCUAUGGUAGAAAACCUGUUAUAAUUAUAGGGAUUAUCACUGUUGUCGUCUUCAACACACUAUUUGGUCUUAGCUUGAACCUUUGGAUGGCUAUUGGCAUGAGAUUUCUUCUUGGAAGUUUAAAUGGUCUACUUGGACCAAUAAAGGCUUAUGCUACUGAAAUCUUCAGAGAAGAGAACCAAGCUCUAGGACUCUCAACUGUUGUAGCUGCUUGGGGAGUAGGCCUAGUAAUUGGACCAGCAUUGGGAGGUUAUUUGGCUCAGCCAGCAACGAAAUACCCACAUCUAUUUCCAAAGGAUUCCUUUUGGGAUAAGUUUCCAUAUUUCUUGCCAUGCUUUAUAAUAUCAGCUUUCGCAUUUGCAGUAGCAAUAUCCUGCAUUUGGUUUCCGGAGACACUUCACAAGCACAAUGGUACCAAUGAGUCCCCUGACAAUGCUAAAGCUUCGGAAAUUGAAAGCAGUGGAGAAGACAAAGACACGAAGAUCCAAAAAGAUAAAAGCAUCUUCCUAAAUUGGCCCUUGAUGUCAUCUAUUAUUAUUUUCUGUAUUUUUUCACUCCAUGAUAUCACUUAUCAAGAGGUUUUCUCAUUAUGGGCUGUCAGUCCUCGAAGGUUGGGUGGUUUGGACUUUACAACUGACGAUGUUGGUAAUGUUCUUGCAAUAUCAGGUAUUGCUAUUAUAAUCUACCAGCUUACCCUGUAUCCAUCUGUGCAAAAAGCUUGUGGACCUGUUACCCUUGCUCGUAUUACUGGGGCAUUAUCCAUACCACUCUUGCAAUGUUUCCCUUUCAUGACAAUGUUGUCAGGCCUAACACUGGACAUAGUGAUAAAUAUUGCCUCCGUUCUGAUGUUUAUUACGUCUGAGACAAUUGCAACUGGUUUAUUCCUUCUGCAAAAUAGAGCUGUGGAACAACAUCAAAGGGGGGCAGCUAAUGGUAUUGCUAUGACCGGUAUGUCAGCAUUCAAAGCAAUUGGUCCUGCUGCCGGCGGUGCAAUAUUAACUUGGUCACAAAAGCGGAUAAAUGCUUCUUUCCUCCCGGGCACCCAUGUGGUCUUCCUUGCCCUGAAUGUUGUUGAAGGACUUGGAGUACUGCUAAUGUUCAAACCAUUCUUGAGUGUAAAAUGUACACCUUCUUAG